UGUUAUAGCUGAAUACAAACUGAGCAUGACGUAGCUAGAAUUGGAGAGUAGUGGUGCAGGUGAUGUGUUUUGUCAGAUACUUGUGCUGUCAAAGAAACGACAAAUACUGUAUAUAUACAAACGUCAGGAACGUCACUUUUUAAAAUCCUUGUAUUGGUUGAUAUUUAUUUGAAGCUACCAUGGCAAAAUGUAUGUGUGCAUGCGAGACAGAUUUCCCCAAAAGUCGCCUACGAAUGACGUCAAGACGUAUCGCAUUGACGAUGAUGACGCCGCUUAAUCAUUAAAAACUGCCAUUAAAAAAAGGACACAAAGUGUGAUAUAAUUUGAUGGACAAAUGGCUUACUUGAAACGACCAAUGUAGUGGAUUUCUACCUUUUGAAUACGUCUGUAAAGAGAUAUCAGUAGAGAAAAUAACUGUUGCAGCGAACAUUUUCCAUGUUUGCAUCCGCAGACAUCGGUAGACUGGACUCGCCAGCCUCCGAGCAAAACUACUGCAGUCCGACUGAUAGCUCGGGAUGAACGGUACGGAGGGAGGCUAGCUAACAUUAGACGAGAACCUAAGACAAAUUGCGGGUGACAGGAGAGCCUGCGCAGAAGCUACCUCUUGUCCUGUCCACAGAUGAAAUAUUGGAGGAUUUAGCAUGUGAAUGAAACCAUCACUAGCGGAAGGUCAUUCCAUUCCAGACACAUCUCUUUACACAAAGUUAUCUUGGAGGAUAGCUCACCUACAUCAUGGCAAGCAGGAGGAAGUCAACAACACCUUGCAUGGUCCUGCCGUCUUCUAACGUGAUGGAGGAGCAGGAUGCAGACAUGCAGGUGGUGGAGGUGAUGGAUGGAGCUGAGCGCGCAGCAGCAGAGAGACCUACAGACGCUGCUGUGGUCUCCACUGACCCAGAGUCAGAGCACGACAUCAGUCAGUCCAGCGGAGAGGACGGUGUCACCCGCACAGGAGUGAAACGCAGCAACCAACCAACCCUGGAGCAGACGGUCAGUGACCUUCUCUCGGAUGGGGGUUACACACAUCACGAGACGGAAGACAGCGACGACACCACCUCAGCUGGCAUCUCACUCAGCAAAACCCCCAUCAUGAAAAUGAGGGGUAAAUCCGAACCGAAGAGGAUGGCCGUGUCUCUGAAAGCAGCGGAGGAGAGCGACGGGAUGGGAGAGGCUGAAGAGGAGCCUCUGGGGCUGGGUUCCCUCACUCAUGUAGAGAUGAUGAGCCCACAUUACACUGAGUCCAUGAAACACAGUGUUCUCCUGAACAUUCCCAAUAAGAUGUCGUCAUCAUCAGAGCAGAAGAAAUCUUCUGUCCUCAGCUCCAAUCUGUCUGGAUUCCAGCUCCCCCCUGGUUUAGCCCAGGUCCUCUCAGCUCUGCAGGCCCAGCAGAGCGUCCAACCCCAGCUCCUCAUCCCCGUCAGCAGUAUCCCCUCCUACAACCAAUCCAUGGAUACCAACAUAGUCCUGGUCAACACCUACAAGAAGUUCCCCUACCCUUCAGUAUCAGAGAUCAUGGGUCUGUCGGCUCAGACCAUAUUCAGUGAGGAACAGAUAAAGAUCUGGUUUUCUGCCCAGCGUCUGAAGCACGGGGUCAGCUGGACUCCUGAGGAGGUGGAGGAGGCUAGGAGAAAGCAGUUCAACGGGACAGUGCACACGGUGCCUCAGACCAUCACUGUUAUCCCGGCCCACCAGCUCUCUGCUGCGGCCAACGGCCUGCAGUCUAUCCUCCAGACCUGCCAGAUAGUAGGACAGCCGGGCCUGGUUUUCACACAGGUUGGCACACCUGUGACCACACCCAUCACAUUGACAGUAGCAGGGAUGCCAAGCCACAGCCAGGUCCCCAAGAUGUCAUCCCACCAGACCAGCCCAGCGGUCAGUGAGAUGAAGAGAGCCACCACUGUCCAGCCUCCCUCCCUGACCCCACAGGAGAACUCAGCCCUCAGCGCUGACCACUUUGGCAUGCGGCCCAAGAAGUCCAAGGAGCAGCUGGCGGAGCUGAAAGCCAGCUAUCUGAAGAACCACUUCGCCAGCGACGCGGAGAUCGCCAGGCUCAUGAAGCUGACCGGCCUCACAAAAGGGGAGAUCAAGAAGUGGUUCAGCGACACGCGCUACAACCAGCGCAACUCCAAGAACAGCAACGUCAUCGUGUUCCAUGACAGCCACAGUCCCAGGGGUCACAGCAGCGGCACCACCAUCGUCAUCGAUUCAAGCGACGAGACCCCUCAGUCUCCACUGCCCACACCAUCCGUCAAAGAGAAAGAGACACGCCCCAAGACCUGGAACUCCUUCCCAGACUUCACGUUGCAGAAGUUUAAGGAGAAGACACCAGAGCAGCUGGUGGUUCUAGAGGAGAGUUACCAGAAGGGAAGCACUCCAUCUGACGACGAGUUGACCCGGCUGAGGACGGAGACCAAGCUGACCCGGAGAGAGAUCGACGCCUGGUUCACAGAGAAGAGGAAGGUAGUGGAGGCAGAGUCACCUGAUCUGAAAGCAGAGCGGAUGGAGAGCGAGGCCACCUCAUCUAGAAAAGGAUCCCAGACCCCUCCGGGUGGCCGGCGGCCAAACAGGGGGGCCAAGAACAUCGGAAAGAAAACCCCAGAGCAGCUCCACGUCCUGAAGAGUGCCUUUGUCCGUACCCAGUGGCCCUCCACAGAGGAGUAUGACAAGCUGGCAGAGGAGAGCGGGCUGCCCAGGGUCUACAUAGUCAACUGGUUCGGAGACACCCGGUACUCCUUCAAGAAUGGAAACCUCAAGUGGUUCUUCCACUACCAGAGCGGCAACGUAGAGGGACUGAACGGCAACAAGAACAGGAAGAGGAGGAUACGUAACCGGGGCUGGGGGAGGUCUCGGAGCAGGAAGGCCAAGAAGUCACCACCACCGCCACCCAUCAUCAAGUUCAAGUCUGGGAAAGACGUUCUGAAGGAGUAUUACCUGAAGCACAAGCUGCUGAAUGAGCAGGAUCUGGAUGAGCUUGUGGCCAAGUCUAGUAUGGGAUACGAGCAGGUGAGAGAGUGGUUCGCUGAGAUACACAAGAGGGAAGAUAUGGGUGCUGAUCCGUUCGGGGACGCUGAGGUAAACGAGGACCAGUUGCCGGGUGAGAAUGAGAUGGCGCCUGAAGAGCAGGAUGACACCGUGGUAGAGGAGGAGGAGGAGGAGGAUGACGACACUGAUGAAAGUGAUUCUUGGGAGCCCUCUCAGGGUGCCAGAAAAACACAGUCAGAGUAGUGAUGGACAGCUGGGCUGUGUUCGUUAGGCACCAAAUGGAAGAAAACGGACUGAAACAGGGAGGGACUACAUGGACUUGCAGAACAUUUUGCUAUGGUGUGCCCAAAUGAACACAACCUUGGAUUUAGUCAAACAGCACAAACUUAUUUAGCUUUCUCUUAUGCGUUUUAAAGGGUACCGUCUGAAUGCAAGACUGAAUGAUAAUAUCCCACCAAUACAAACAAUAUGUGCACAUUUUUCCACUGCUAGUGUAGCUCCAUCUAGUCAAGAAUUACAACCAGUACUUUAAAUACCUAUUUGAAAUGAAUUGGUCAGACAUUAAAAUGCUGAAGUUCAUUUGAUAAUACAAUAACAUUUGAUAUGAUGAUAAUUCAUAAAAUGAAUGGAAAAUUGACAUAAUUUGUUAAUCUACAGUACUCUGCACAAUUAUUUAUGUGCAAUUAAGAGGUCCUUUUUUAAUGCCUGAUGUAUCUGUUGUAUCCCUAUUAUUAUAGAGAUGAUAAAGUACUGUAAGUACCUUCAUGGAAUGAAUGCAAUGAAUCAUUUGAAUACAGAUUAUAUUAUGGGUUCCCUUUGAAAUUGAUUGGAGGAGCUGCGGUGCCAAAGUAAACUAUUGAAUGUGGAUUCCUGUGCUAUGAAAGAGUUAAAAAUCAGGGACCUUGUUCAUAAAGUGUCUCAGAGUACGAGUGCUGAUCUAGGAUCUGUUAAGCCUUUUAGAUUAUAAGGAGCCUAUAGACAGACCCAUGUCCCCAUGUGAAUCCUUAAAGAGAUGGGUGGGGCUUAAGAGGGUGUGAACAAAUUAGAGCUCUCUGGCAAGUGUGAAAAACUUUGCAAGGCUUUUUCUGAAAACUGGGUAUACAAGAGUAUCAACUUUUAAAGCAACAUAGCUUUCUCCAACUGUAGUGUAUAUUAUGCCAUUAUGAAGCUCUGAGUCUGUAGUUUUAUACAAUGUAAAGUGUUUUUUUUUUUUUUUUUU